AUGUCUGAAACGUAUCCAGAAGCAAAACGAUUCAGAUCAGGCGCAUCGGCAAGUACUACACUUACAAAUUCAGUGAAUCUAUACGAUGACGCUAAUUUUCUGACAAAAUAUAUUAAUGUGAAUGAUAAUGUUCUACGGCUAUUGCUAUCAGGUCGAGUCAUAAAUGGUUCUUUUUCAGAAUUAUUUCAACGAAGUCGAGAAAUCGGUUGGAUGGAAGUAUUCGUUGAAGAAAGACAGAAAUUGAAGUUACAAGAGAAAUUGAAAUCAAGACGAAUUAUGCUCAAUAGAUUGAUUGAUGAAUGUUUGCAAGAUACUGGUGGUUUUGAAAAAAAAGUGCAAGCAUUGAACGAAGAAAUCAGUAGUCAUGUAUUCGCUAAAUUACCAACACAAAAACAAUUUGGUAUCUAUUUUCCGACAACAAAUCAUGUAUAUGAAUACAUCGAAGAAUGGAAACAACGGCAAUGUCAACGCCGUUUAUUUUACAGAGAAUGCAAUACACUCCCUACCUUGCUCAUAUUACAACACCAUUCAUUUAUCAUCGUGGCACAACCAUCGGGUACUGAUUGUGUAGCAGCAACAAAAUAUGAAAAAGUUGGGCAAGAUUUCUUAGCAAAAAUCAAGACAAGAAUUUUAUGUCUACUAGAUUUAAAGAAAAUUCGAAGCUGUUUGCAAUAUUCUCACAUUGAUGUUGUACUCUAUCCAACGGGUGGUGAUAUUGGUCUUGAGCGCGAUAUCCAAGCACCAAUUCAAUGGAAAUCACGAACGAUAAUCACUAGUGACAAAGAAGAACAAACAUUUUUCUAUGCUGAAUUAGCUGAGAAUGAUUCUAUCAAACUGACAAGAAAAGAUUCUCGACAGAAACCAUUGUAUAAUAGUAAAUUAUGUCAAUUGGAAUUUCGAAUCACACUUAAUCUAGUUGGACAUGAUGUCGAAUCACUUUUAAUACUAAAUUCACAAUCAUUUGGGCUAUGUUCGCAUCCAAAAUAUUAUCCCAAACAUCUAGCUAAAGUUGUAAUCGAAGAAGUAAACCAAUGGCAGCGGCAUGUUAAUCUUGAUACUCAUAUCACCACUUUGAUUGGAUACAUAAGCCAGCUUUAUCAACGAAUUACGGGAGUUGAAGCAAAACGUCAUACGUUGAAGGUCAUUGAAGAAGAAUUACUUGAAGUUUUUAACUCACACUCAACGGUUUCACGUUCAUCUACUGAGCCCCAGGUGAUAUAUCCUUGGGGAAUUUAUCAAGACAUUCUAGAGCGGUUAAUUGCUCAAAUUAAAUUUAUAGGGACGAAUCCUUUCCUCGCCAUGAUGUAUCACGACAGUUUAUUCUAUGGUAUUUGCAAUGAUAAAGUUGAUGCAAAAAUCGCUAACGGUACUGCGCAAGCGCCUCAGAUAAUAAUGCGAUUUGAACAAUUCAAAACACAAGAUGCUCAAAAGCAUCCAAAAAUUAUUUUUGCAGUUAAAGCUGGUAUAUUACUGAGAGCGCGUACUAGCCAUGAAACUUUGAUUGAUGAUAUUUGCCGAUGUAUUGAUAAAGCUGGCAAGAACGAACAAAACCAAUCACAGAUAUUCACUGAAGAAGAACUUAUUCCGUUUAGGCAAUUUCGGCGCUAUUAUGAUAAAGAUUUGAAUCGUGAUAAUUUAAUUCAAAUCGAUGAACAAACCAUAUUCCAUCCAUUAAGUACUAUUCUUCAACAUGCCAUGUAA